CGGGCAAACCUGGGCAGACGCGAGUUUGGCACACAGAGCUGACGCACUGAAGGACUACUGCGGACGAAUCAAAAUGAAAAGGAAUCACGAUUUUAGCUCCUCGGACAGCGAGCUGGAUGAAACUAUUGAAGUGGAGAAGGAGAGCGCAGAUGAGAAUGGGAACAUGAGCUCCCCUCUUGGCUCCAUGUCUCCUUCAACGUCAACUCAGGUGCAGGCGAGGAAAAGGCGUCGAGGAAUUAUUGAGAAACGGCGCCGUGACAGAAUCAAUAACAGCCUCAGCGAGCUCCGCAGGCUGGUUCCCAGCGCCUACGAGAAACAAGGUUCAGCCAAGCUGGAGAAAGCAGAAAUUUUGCAAAUGACUGUUGAUCAUCUGAAGAUGCUUCAUGCUGCUGGAGGCAAAGGUUACUUUGAUGCCCAUGCCCUUGCGAUGGACUAUCGUGGUUUGGGUUUCAGGGAGUGCCUGGCUGAGACAGCCCGCUAUCUGAGCAUAAUUGAAGGCUUAGACAGCACAGACCCACUGCGGAUCCGUCUGGUCUCCCACCUUAACAACUACGCCAGUCAGCGUGAGGCUCACUCUGGCCUGAGUCACCUGGCGUGGGGCUCUGCUUUUGGAUCCCCACCAGCCCACCUGACACAUCCUCUCCUCCUCCAGCACCAGCAGGGUGCACCGCUGGCACCUCUACCCCGUAGCACCACCAGUAGCCCACAAACUCCUCUGUCGUCCACAUCCACGUCAUCGCCCUCCUCCUCCUCACCUUUAUCAUCCGCACUGGUUGCAGAGACUCACAUCGCAGGCAGGCGCAGCGGCAGCGUCACCCCCCACUCUGAUCAAGGUCCGAUCCGGGUUCCCUCCACCACUGCUGCUCCCACCACUGUCCUGCAUCCUGCUCUGGUCCCCUCAUCAGCGUCCAAGCUCUCUCCUCCUCUCCUCUCCUCUCUCUCUGCAUUCCCCUUCACUUUCAGCGCCUUCCCCAUUAUCUCACCCGCUACUGCCAUCAGCCCCCCAACCCAAAACGCCAGUGUGGCCAAACCCUACAGACCCUGGGGUAUGGAGAUAGGAGCUUUCUGACUAAAAUGAAAACUCAGCACACUCUGCAUACAGACUCAACUCACUUCCCAGCUGAGCUGGACUCAAGGACUUAAAGACUUUAUUUUCCUGCUAAGAAAGUGCUAUUUUUUCUAUGAUGAUGAUGACAUCCCACAGAGGAUAUACCUAGUUAUAGAUUUUUUUAAAUCGUCUGUAAUGCAUUAGUUUUUUUUGUAUAGAAGAGAAAAAAAAUAUCAGUGAGGAGGGAGACCAUGACUAAAAAGCAACACAAGUGAUUUACAAUGUUGAUUGAUCUCUGUUCCUGCCCACCCCUUUAGAAGUUUCACCCACUGUAGUCAGUCAAUCAGGAAUGGCUUUUCCAGAUGGUCAAGCAGACCCCGCCUGUCGAGUUCCUGGGUGAAAGUGUCCCUCCUUUGUUUUGCUGAGCUGCAAUGUGGAGUUUUGGUGCCACAGUUACAGGGGGAGCAGUUGAGAGUCACCCCCUAUUAACAACAUUUUAUGGGGUGGAAUAACCGAAACCAGGUGCUUGUUUGACUGAUAGUGGGAGCAGACGUCAGCUACCAGCUUGGUUGAAAUGAACCUAAACGUGAUUUACCCACAGCCUCCAUUCUUCACGUACAGCGGUGUUGUUUAAGCUUGCUUCCCCUAAGUUAUAUUUCCUCUGUACAGCAAAUUCUGUCCUUACCAAUCACUGCUUAACAUAUGUUUCAACAGUUGUAGCAAAGCUCCCACUUGUUUCUAAUGUAAAAGAUGUCAAGCUUUUUUUUUCUACCACCUAGUCCCUAAGUUUUUUCUUGUAUUUGUUCCACACAGCAGCAUUUAGAAUCAGAAAUUACCAAGAGGGAGCUUAUCUGAGUCUGUAAGAGCAGUUGUAGUUUGAAAAAAAGAAAGAAAAAAAGUCUUUACAGUUCCAAAAUCUGUAGAGAAAUUUAUAAAUGCCAUUGCUUUAUUUCCAGCGGCUACUUUGGUGUCUCCUAGCAAACCUCACUGUGACUGUGUAUAUUUCAUGGUUGUACAAAGCACAAGCAAGCGCUGACAAAUCAGAUUUCUCUGCUUUUCACAGGUCUUGCUGGUGGCAAUGACAACUUCAUUGCAAUAAAAGAGUUCUGAUAAAUUA